GCAAGGCUCCCUGGAUGAUCCGGCCGAUCCUUGCCCGACUCACCAACUCCCCAUGCAUCCAUGGCAUCCAUGGCAUCUAUGGCAUGCUCCUCUCGUCCUGUCUCGUCCUGUCUCGUCCUGCUCUUUCGGCUGCUCGUCAGCGCCUGCCGCAGUCGUCCUGGUCCCUGUCGUUUCAGGAUCAUUCGCAGGCGCCCUCGCCACCACCGGCUUGUGCUGGGCGCAAGGGGAAUCGCCCCCGGAUUGCACCAGCCCAAAUGCAUCGUGCUCGCCUCCUGCGCCGCCGUCUCCCAAGGCUCGCCACCAAUCUCAACCGGCUGCCCUGUGUUUCAUUUUGGAAACGCUGUAUUCUGCUUCUGGCUGCUGAUUUCCUGUUGUUGAGUUCCUGCUG